CGUUUCUAAUCGGCUAACUGGUUGCAUAAUGUGAAGGUCACAAUUUUCAUCAACGACGCGAUGAGUCGAACUAAACUUGCCGAACAGGUGUGUUAUUAUUGUCAUCAGUUGUGUUUCGGGCUGAAAUGGAGACUAACUAAAUUGAAAGAGUUCGAAGAGUGCUACAAAUCGUUCACAUUAACAAUAUCGUUUACACAUCCACAUCACAAGGUACAGCAAUUGCACCACCAUCUUAAUUAGAAAAAGGAGCUGAAGCGAAUAAAUCAUCGUUAGAGAUGGAUCGAGUAGAAACUAUUGACGUCCUUAUCGUUGGUGCCGGUUUUUCUGGGCUGCAUCUGCUGCAAAAAUUACGCAAAUUAAAUUUCACUGUGAAAGUAUGUGAAGCUGGUACAGAUAUUGGUGGUACAUGGUACUGGAAUCUCUAUCCCGGAGCAAGGGUGGACAGCGAAUUUUCAAAUUAUCAGUUCACUCAGGAUAACAUUUACAAAGGCUUUGCAUGGACGGAACGUUUUCCGGGUCAAGCGGAAAUUGAAAGAUAUUUUAAGCAUGUCGAUGACAAGCUCGAUUUAAGCAAAGACAUAAAAUUCGAGAGUAGAGUAACUUCUGCAGAAUUUAACGGUCCAACCAACCAGUGGCACAUAAGAAUCAACGACAGCAACGAAAUAACGAUUAAAACGGCAUUCUUGAUGCUUUGCACUGGAAUCGCUGAACGUCGAUACACGCCACCAUUUAGAGGGAUAGACAAAUUCGGGGGAAUCACGAUUCACACGAGUCUGUGGCCGAAAUCAGGCAUAGACAUUACUGGCAAACGUGUAGCAGUUAUAGGCACAGGAGCGAGUGGUGUUCAAACCAUUCAAGAAAUUGCACCACAAGUCGAUCAUCUUACUGUUUAUCAACGCACUCCCAAUAUUGCUUUGCCGAUGCAGCAGUCUCAGCUUGUAGAUGAAACAAAAUUCCUUUCUGCAGACAAAUUACAGAGAGUUUUCGAAAAAACGCGUACCUCGUUUGCAGGUUUUGAUUUCGAUUUUCUUCCAUCGAAAUUCGCAGAUGCUUCACCAGAGGAAAGGGAAUCUCUUUAUGAAGAUUUAUACAAACGUGGGGGAUUUCACUUUUGGUUGAGUGGGUACAAGGAUGUUCUAGUGAAUCAAGAGGCAAACGAUGAAGCCUAUCAAUUUUGGUGCAAGAAAACCCGAUCCCGCAUUAAUGAUCCACUCAAACAAGAAAUAUUGGCUCCGACUGUUGCACCACAUCCAUUCGGAACGAAACGCCCAUCAUUGGAGCAGCGCUACUUCGAGGUCUACAACCAAGAUAACGUUGACAUAAUCGACGUUCGUCAAUCUCCAAUUGUCGAGAUUACUGAAAGGGGAAUUGAAACCGAGAAAGAAGGUGUUGUUGAGGUGGAUAUCAUUGUCUUCGCCACUGGUUUCGACGCUCAAACCGGAGGGAUUCUCGAUAUUGUUAUGACAAAUGACCGCAACGAAACCAUUCAAGAGAAAUGGAAAAAUCGUGUGCUGACAAACUUUGGUCUGUCGACGGCCGGCUUUCCCAACAUGUUUUUCACCUACGGUCCUCAAGCAUCAACUGCUCUUUCUAAUGGGCCAACAUGUAUCGAAAUUCAGGGUGAUUGGAUUGUUGAACUGUUGUCUAGGAUGAGAGCAGACAGCAAAACGAACAUCGUGGCAACAAUCGAAGCAGAACUCAAAUGGAAGGAAAUCGUGAACGGUGCUUGGAAUCAAACUCUAUUUCCACUGGCUGAUUCGUGGUAUCAAGGUGCCAAUAUACCUGGUAAGCCGCGAGAAGCUCUCAGCUUUGCAGGAGGAAUUCCAGCUUACCUUUCUAUUUUGAACGAAUGUGCUGCUAAUAACUACGAAGGAUUUGUGCUGUCUUGAAAUAUUUUUUUUUUAUUUUGUAAACAUUUUAUUAAUUAAUUUGUUGAACAU